GCUCGUUAUAAACACAUGAUAAAAGAGGUGAUAUGUUUUAUGAUCAACGUUGCAAGCAUCGUGGCGUUUUAAACAGUUUUAUCACUUAUAUACAAUACGUAUAAUUAAUUGUACAUGAAAACAAUGUGACGUUUAAGAGAUGAUUAUUAUUAUCUUAUACUAAGAUAAAAGAUGCUAAAUAGUUUACAUGAUUAAUGAUUGUAUAUGUAUUUAUUGUAAACAUUAUUUUGUGCGUCUAUUUUACGUAAGCAAACGAUAUGACAACCCCUAAGUGUGAAGAUGCUGGACCUUUAAAAGAAUGGGCACCACCUACUGCACUUCUAGAAAGCAUUCCUGCAAGAACAGCAAUUGGUUUAUUCAAUCAUGAUAUUAAUUUUACUUGUAUUGCUGCAUUAUGUGAUUUCAUUGCUGUAGGAACUAAUUCUGGUGCUGUUUACUGGUACAAUAGGGAAACACAUGAGACUACCAAACUUAGUUGCUGGUGUGUAAAUACACCAAUCACUUGUUUGCAAAUAGUAUCAACCGUUGAUUACAUGGUUGCAGCUGGUAGCGAAAAAGGAGUUAAAAUUUUUCGAAUACCUAAAGUUAUUCCUGAUUCAGUACCUGAAAGAAUAAAACCAAAGGAGAAAAAAAAGAUUCUACAAAAUUCUAUAAAUUUACACAAAGAUACAGUGACGGCAUUAGAAUGGUCAAAAAAUGGCAUGCAUUUAUUUAGUGGAGAUGAAAAUGGUUUAGUAGUAGUAGCGGACUUCGAUUAUUACAAUAAUACCCUUGAAGUUAGUAAAUUGUGCAAUGAAAAAUAUCCCAUUGUACAAUUGAGUUGUCAUCGCGGAUUAUUAUUAAUUUCAACUACAUUACGUACCAUUUUAUUAGACAGAUGUGACAAUAAUAGAGUUACGCAAAUUGGCCAAAGGGAACGUAAAAAUUUAGGUCCAUUUGGUGCCAUAUUUCGGCACAGUUAUACGAGAAAGUUUAUUAUUUAUGCUACUAGACCAGGCUUUAGAAUAUGGGAAGCAGAUCGAAAGGGAACAGUAUUAAAAACUCUUAUGUUUAAGGAUGCAAUUAAGUUUAACGAAGCAUAUGUAAAAUUAUUAAAUCCUGCUCCAGAAAGUGUAAGAAAUAGUCGAACGGAGACAGCAUUCGGCACAUUGUUGCAAUUUAAUGAAGAUUAUUUAAUAACAUAUAACAGUGAUAUAAUAUAUAUCGUAAAUCCAAAUAACAUUACUGUAACAGCUGUAACGGAUGUACGUAGAGUUACUAACGUUGCUUGUACUAAAGAAGAAAUAUUUAUUGUCGAAGGAGACAGAAAUAUUAUACGUAUUUCAUACUACCCCGAUACUACGGCUAAAGAUGUCAUGUCUUUUCCUGCUUUAAGUCAGUCGAGGACUGCCGGUUUACUUGAACUUACUACUAUAAUUGCGGAAAGUAAAGUUCUUCCAGUUUUGUCGUUCUCCAAAAAGAAACAAAAAAACGAAACUUCAUCUACGUCUAUUACAUUGAAUGAUAAUACUAGUAUGGAAGCAAAUUCUAUAACAGACGCAGAAGAAGCUGUGGAAAUACCAUCUGUCUUUUCAGUAGAUUUUAGUACAGACUCGCAAAUGGAUCUUAAUAAACAAAACAAAAAAGAGGAGGAAGAAAAUAAACAAAAUUUAAGGAGACAAAUAUUUGAAAAAAUUAGCGAACAAGAUUUUGAAGACGUUGUUUUCACGCCGGAAAAGAAAAAUAAGAAAUUACGUAGUAAAUCGCAAAAUAGAAAUAAAUCUGAAGUAUCGACUUCUGAUGAAAUUUCGAAAGCAUCUUUUCCUUCACGAAUUGAAGGAAUACAAACAUUUAUGUCGACAAGUAUUGAUGAUAAGCUUAUGGUACCAUCCCCGAGAGAUUUGGAAUCAAUUCAACGAGACGUUGAAGAUAAAGAAAAAUUACUUGCACAUAUGCUCGAUUUUGAUUUAAUUAGUUCUAAGAAGAACAUCGACGCUGCUAAUAAAAGUAUUGAUAUCAUUACUGAUCCUUCUAGUACUAUUUCAUGCUCUAUUGUAGGUAUUGAAUCGAAUAAUGUUAAUCUAAGCAAUGAGUUUCCUGAUUGGGACCGUAAUCACUCGCAUAUUGGAAAUCAUGAAAAUGAAUAUAAUCAAAGCAAUAAUAACAAACCUGUUGAAUCGGGGGAUGACGAAGUCAGCUAUCAAACAGUGUUAGAAACAUUUAAAAGACUUGUAGAAACUAAUAAAAAACUAACUAAAAGUAAAUUAACAUUUGAUGAAGAUAUUGCUAAAACACCUGCUAAAAUAGAGAAUAUUGAAGCUAACUAUCAAAAGGCACUUAAAAUGUUAGAAGAAUAUGAAUUAAGUAAUGAAAAAUUAAUUGAUAAAGUACCAACUGAGUCAGGGGAUGACAAAGCUAGCAAUGAAACGGAAUUUAAAAAGUUAGAAAAUAUUUCAGGAGGUAGUGAAGGAAUAACAAAAUGUAUAUUAAGGAAUAAAGAAUUAGUAGACGAUAUACUAGCUGAAUCAGAGAAUGAUGAUACCAGCUAUAUAAUAGACUUAGAAAAAUUAAAGAAACUUUUGGGAAUUGCUAAAGAAAUAACAACAAAUAAAUUAAGAAUUAAAGAAUUACUGGAUAACUCAUGUGAUGAAUCAAGGAAUGAUGAAACCAAUAGCUAUCAAACAGUUAUAGAUAAGUUAGAGGUGCUUCUUGAAACUAGUAAAGAUAAAAAAAGAAGUAAAUUAAUCAUUAAGGAAUUAAAGGACAAUAUAUCUGAUGAAUCAAAGAAUGAUAAAAUCAGUUAUCAAACAAUAAUACAAAUAUUUAAGAAGCUUGUAGAAACUAAUAAAGAAAUAACAAUUGACGAAUAUACUGUUAACAUACAUGCUAAAUUAGCGAAUGAUGUAGCCAACCAUCAAACUGCUUUAAAAAUGUUACAAGAGUUUGAAAAAAGUAGUAAAAAACUAACUACAAGCGAAUUGGAGAGUGAAAAAUUAAUUGAUAAUGCAUGUGCUGAAAUAAAAAAUGAAAAAGCCUCCUAUCAAGUAGUGUUAAAAAUGUUAGAUCUGCUCAUAUUAACUUCUAAAAAACUACAAAAAAAUAAAUUUAAAAAUGAUGAAUUAAUUGAUAACACACCUACCAAGUCAAGAGAGAAUAAAAUUGACUAUGGCACGGAAUUAACAAAAUUAGGAGAGCUUUUAAAAAGUAGCGAAGGAAUAACAAAAUGUAAAUUAAAAAUUAAAGAAUUCAUUGAUAAGGCACCUGUUGAAUCAGGGGAUGAUCAAAACUGUUAUAAAGCGAUAUUAAUAAUGUUAGAAGUGCUUGAAGAAUGUGCUAAAGAAAUAGCAAAAAAUAAAUUAAAGAACGAUCUAUUAUUUGGCAAUGCGUCCGAUGAGUCAGAAUAUGAUAAAAUUACUUAUGAUAUGGUGUUAAAAAUAUUAGAGGAGAUUCGUGAAUUUAGUAAAAAAGAAAAAAAAACUAAAUUAAUAAGCGAAAAAUUACUUGAUAAGGCAUCUGCUGAAAUAGAGAAUGACGAAGCCGUUCAUCAAAUGGAAUUUAAAAAAUUAGAAGAGCUUGAAAAAAAUAGUAAAGAAUUAAUAAAAAGUAAAUUAAAGAGCGCGGAAUUAAUUUCCCUGGAAGAUUUACAAGAUGUUACGCACGAACGAACGACUCGAGCCACCAACAGUGACUCAAGCUGGAGUGAUCUUGAAAUCGAUUUAGCAGUAUUAAAUGAAAGUAUAACAGCAUCGAACAUUUCUGAAGACGAAGACUGGGUUUUGGUUCAUAAACAUUCCCCAAAGAUCGAUAAGGAUCAAAUUAAAUGAGAAUCGUAAAAAAAUUUACUUUUUUAUUGUUUUUUUUUUCGGAUAAAUUAAUUUUUAAACGAUCCUAUCUCCUCGUGUACAAUCUUGCAUUUAUAAUAGAAUAGAUCAAAAAUGAGGAAGUCACAUAUUUUGUGUACAUGACGAACACGAUUUUUAAUUACAAAAAACAUUUUUUUUGUUUUCUUUGUAAUAAUCUGUGUUAUAU